GCCGUCGUCGUCCCGAACAGAGACCAGAGAAACGGACCCCCCCCCCAUCACUCCCUCUCUUGCUCGCUACUCCAGGCAUCGCCACUCAAUUGCUUCUCAAUUCCAGUCUCAAGGAUGACUAUCAAUCCCACAUUUCUUGCCCAACGCACUCGCUCCUCUGCCAACCUGGCCGAGGCAAAGAGUCGUGUUAUCCGUUCGUACAGAGAAUGGCUUAGAGCGUCCCCCGAGAUCCAGACUAUGUACUCCCUGGACAUGCCCGUUUCCGCUAUCCGGACGAAAAUUCGCCAGGAGUUCGAGAAGCAUCGCUACGUGAGCCAAUUGAAUGUGAUUGAUGUGCUGCUGUACCAGAGCCACGCCGAAUUCCAGGAAACCCUCAAUUACUGGAAGCAGCUUUCGCACGUGAUGAAAUACUUCCGGCCAGAGGAGGAGCCCGGUGCUCGCCUACCCCCCAACUUCAUCUCCGGCUUCUUGGAAGGUCGCAACUGAAUUGAAUGUUUUCUCUUCCCCCUUAUAAGUUUUCCGCAGCAUUGAUAGUUUUCUUUUCAUUUUCCAAUCAUGAGAACCGCCCUGGGCUUGAGUUGUGAGCUGAUAGAACCGGGUAGAGGGAAUGAGUGCGCGCUCUAUGUAAAUAAGGUAACGUUGUUAGAUUAGGCAAUGGACUCGUGGAUCGUGAG